AUGUAUACAAGUAAGGUCAUUUACACGCGACAAAUUUCUAAAUUAUUAGGAAGUAAACCUUUUGAAUGUGUAGAUAUUCCUCAAGACCCUCAAGACACUGCCAAUGUAACAGAUGUAAUAGUGAGAUUAUAUUGA